AUGCCCGUUGACCACCGCUUUUGGAACUUGCCAAAUGUUCCUCUCGCUGAUCCCAAGUUUCAUGUUCCUGGCAGAAUUGACCUUAUCAUUGGAGGAGAAACCUAUUGGAUGUUGCACACUGGUAAAAAGGUCCUGCUUGGCCCCGAUCAACUCUUUAUGGUCGAAAACCGGUUUGGGUGGACGAUGUCUGGUACUGUUAUUCCGGAAUCUACCUCGCCACCAGUUUGCAGUGUAUCGACGCAAAUCGAUCGCCUUGAAGCUGCUAUCCAGAAGUUUUGGGAACUGGAGACCCUGUCCUCCGGUCCUGCCCACUCACCAGAAGAAAAGAGCUUCGAAGAGAUAUAUGCCACUACCACCACUCAAGAAUCAUCAGGAAGGUACAGUGUCCGCUUACCCAAAAGUGAAAAUACAGAUGUUGUCCUUGGUGAACCGCGGUCGAUCGCCGAACAAAGAUUUUUCAGUCUAGAACGUCGUUUAAGCAAAGAACCUGAAAUCUACGACGCUUACCGAUGA